CGCUUGUAUUUGGGUAGAGUGACGUUUCGGGAGGAGGAAGUAGCGGAAGCAUGGCAGCGGCUGAGGAGAGCGAGACCCUGUGCCUCAUAGUCCUGGGAAUGGCGGGCUCUGGCAAGACUACAUUAGUACAGAGACUGACCGCUUAUCUCCAUGGGAAGAAUUCACCUCCGUAUGUGAUUAACCUGGAUCCUGCCGUCCAUGAGAUCCCCUUUCCUGCAAAUAUAGAUAUCAGGGACACGGUGAACUACAAGGAAGUCAUGAAGCAAUAUUCCCUGGGGCCAAACGGUGGCAUCGUCACUUCCCUCAAUCUGUUUGCUACAAGGUUUGACCAGGUGGUGAAGUUCAUAGAGAAGAGGCAGAAGAACUGCAGGUAUGUUGUGAUGGACACUCCGGGGCAGAUUGAAGUUUUCACCUGGUCGGCCUCUGGGGCAAUAAUCACUGAAGCACUGGCUUCCUCCUUCCCCUCAGUGGUGGUUUAUGUGAUGGACACGUCCCGAAGUACCAACCCUGUCACCUUCAUGUCUAACAUGCUCUAUGCCUGCAGCAUCAUGUAUAAGACCAAACUGCCAUUUAUUGUUGUAAUGAACAAGACAGAUAUAAUCGAUCACAGCUUUGCAGUGGAAUGGAUGCAGGAUUUUGAGACCUUCCAGGACGCUCUGAACCAAGAAACGUCGUACGUCAGUAACCUGACCCGAUCCAUGAGUCUGGUGCUGGAUGAGUUCUACACUGCCCUGCGGGUGGUGGGAGUCUCUGCAGUGACAGGCGCUGGCAUGGACGACUUCUUUGUGAAGGUGACGGAGGCAGCGGAUGAAUAUGAACGGGAAUAUCGCCCGGAAUACCAACGUCUGCGGAAAGAAGCUGAGGAAGAGCAGAGGAAAGAGCAGAAGGAGCAACUGGAGAGGCUUCACAGGGACAUGGGCUCAGUUGCCCUGAAUGCUGGAGCGGGGGCAGGCUUGGAAGAAGAAGCAGCAGUGGCCGGUCCUUCUGAUCUGAUUCUCACGCGAGGGAACCUGGAGGAGGAGCCAGAGGACAGUGACACUGAUGAUAUUGACCAUUCAGUGGCUGAGGAACGACUCGAGGAACCGGCGUUCCAGAACUUCCUGCAGCAAACCCAGAGCAUGUACCAGCAGAAGAUGGGCCAGUGAGGCUACUGUGUGGGCUACGAGCGCAAGCAGGAAGUGGAGUAAGAAACAUGGAGGGCUGUGAUUGGCUGGAUUAUUAUGGCGCUUUCAUGUCGGUGGCAAAGUAAGGAGUGAAAUGUUCCCAGAAGGUGGCGCUGCCGACUGGUUCUCUGCUGCUUCUCUCUGUGCAAGUGAGCUGACACUCCAAAGCCAUGUCCUUGGUCCUGACCCCCUGGCACGAGCUCAUUCACAUGAAUUGAAGGACAUUGUAUCCCCCCCA